UUCAUUUUGUGGCACGGUAUUAUAAAGCGGCGGUCGAAGUGAAAUAACUUCGCUAUUAUCAAAUGUUACUGGUUUUUACAUUAAGAGAAAACAUAUAAUAAAUAAAUAUCCCUAUUGGUGAAAUUUGAAUAAAACAAAGUUAUGUGUUAAAUACCCAGUAAUUGUUGACUUCCUUGAGUGGAACGGUAAUGUCCAUCGGUAGCCGGUAGCCGGUAGCGCGGUCGCGAUGCCGCUGCCGAAGCGCUGCGUGGAGCCGGUGCACGUGUCGCGCGGCACCGUGCCCGAGCGCUUGGCCGUGCCGUCUGAACUGGAGGCGGUCACUAAUGGCACACUGGCCAAUACUGUUCGGCAAUUAUCGUCUCUCUCGAAACAUGCGGAGGAUAUGUUCGGCGAGCUCACCCGCGAGGCGACCAGCCUGGCGGAGCGCACCAACGUGCUGCAGGCGAGGAUAGACCGGCUCGCUAUCAAGGUCACGCAGUUGGAUUCUGGUGUCGAGGAGGUGUCCCUCCAAGACAUACAAAUGCGGAAGGCGUUCCGAUCGUCCAGAACGUUCCAGCAACAGUUGUUCUCGCGCACCACAAUGCCGUCGGCCAUGUUGGCAACGUACGCUCGCUGCGACCGGCCACCGCCGUUGGAGAGGCUCAAUGAGUUUAGAGAUGACGGCAGAGAUGCUAGAAAGUUCUAUACGGAUCCGGAUUACUUCUUCGAACUGUGGCGGAGGGAAAUGUUGCAAGAUACUGAGAGGAUCCAGCACGAUAGGGGGAAGAAGGUGCGUCAGCCGCGCAGCGGUAACGCGGAGGGCCGCGGCGCUCGGCGCGUGCGCGUGCCGCACUCGACGCGCGACCGCCAGAAGGCGGAGGUGGUGAACCGCGGCGAGCACAUCAUGGCGCCCACGCAGCUGCGCCGCUACAACAUCGAGCCGCAGUACCGCCCGGAUGCGUUGUACCAAGCGACUACAGUUACUGAUGGUGGUUAUCGCACCCCACAAAAUAGGCCUCCGUCAUCGCAACCAGCGAGACCUAAUUCAAUCGAAAUUGAGAACCAACAGAAUAGGCCAUCAAGGCUUACUGGAAAUGGACAUGUGGUGAACGACGAGAGUCCGUACGGCCCCGUGGAGGCGAUAUACGGCGGCAGUCUGGCCGGCACGCCGCGGCGAGCGCGCCCCUCGGUGCCGCCGCCCGCGCCGCCCGCCCCGCCCGCGCCGCCCGCGCCCGCGCACGACGAGCCGCAUCACACGCCCACUAGAUCGAGCCUGCCGCCGCCGCCGCCGCCGCCGGACAGCGCGUCGCCGCCGCCCGUCAACGGCGCGUCGCCGCCGCACCGCACUGCGCUGGACGCGCACCUAGAUCACAUGCACGCCGUCAUAGGUAUGAUGUCGAACGAGGAGACGAGCCGCGCGCCGACCCCACCCCCCGCGCCGCUGCUGCCUCCCGCGCCGCCCGCGCCCCCGCCGCCGGAGGAGCGGCCGCGCCCGCCCUCCCCCGCGUCGCUGCUGCGCGGCGCCUCGGCGCUCAAGCCGACCGUGGUGGAGCACCACCCGCCGCCCGAUCCGAGGUCCGAUCUGCUGAAGGCCAUACGGGAAGGUAUAAAACUGCGCAAGGUGGAAAAGCGGUGCGAAGACAACGUGGGCAAGUACGACACGCUGCGCGGCGCGCCCGCGCUGCACGACGUGGCGUCCAUCCUCGCGCGGCGCGUCGCCGUCGAGCAGAGCGACUCGGAGGACGACGACUCCGACCUGGACGACUCCGACGAGUGGACCGACUGCCGCGCGUGACGUUGCGCCUCCCCGCGCCUCGCGGCGCAACUCCCCUACCCGGAAACCAAACAUAGUGAACCCAAAACUGAUAA